CUCUGGAGGAUUUAAUUUCUCUUCAGGAACAGCAAGAAAGAGAAGGGGUCGGCUUUGCUGAACUCUGCAUUGACCUGGUGCUAUUAUCAUAAUGGAACACGGCACAAGUCAGGCUCCAACGGAGGGUCAGUUGACUAGCAAGCCGGCAUCUUCGUUGUCAUUCACGGGAGAAACUGGGACUAUUAUGUUAAAGGAGGUUAAUACCAGGGAGAGCCUACAUCUGCAUGACCAGGAGGAGAGUGUCAAUAAAGGUGACAGAGGAAAAAACAAAAUGGCUACCCGGGAGCCUGCCUCUGCUUGCCGUGGUAAGGAGGAGAGAGCGGCAGGCAGUGAGGAGGAACGGCAGCAUCUUGUUAUGGUCCAUCCAGCGGGGGAGAAUGGGGAUGGGAGCAUAAUCAAGAUGGCCGCCAAAACAAACAUGGCAGCGUGCUUGGAGCCUACUACAGGGGAGGAGGAGGAGGCUGGGAAGAGGACUGGGGAGGACUUUCCCAAGCAGUUUCGAGUGCAGGAGACCAACUUCAGCGAGGGGCAGCUGAAAUUGACGCUGAAAACAAUGAAGAAAGGCAAAGGGGCAAAGAAUAAGAAAUUGAAAGGGGUCGCAGCGGGAAGUAAAGCAACCUUGAAGACUAAGAAGGGGAAAGGGACUAGCAAGAAAAUGGCGAAAAAGGUAAGACAUGUAGCCUGUAUGUACAUGUACGUGUAAUUCAUUCAUG